AUGGAAGGAUGGCUCGUGCUGCAGAACUUCUAUGAAGGCCUCACGGCCAUGUGCAAGGGGCACGUCGAUGCCGUAGCUGGAGGUGCAUUCCUCUCCCUUACCAUCACUGAGGCCACAGCCCUCAUCGAGAAGAUGGUGGCUAACCAGAGUUGCGGAGAGGGCUUUCAAGAGGGACGCAAGACACAAAAAGGCAUGCAUACCGUCAAGGAGAUGGAUUUGCUUGCUGCAAAAAUAGAUAUACUCAUGAAGAGGUUGGAAGGACGUGCCACCGAUCCAGCUACCAGCACUGUCCAGGCCAUAGACUCACACAUAACGUGUGAGGACUGUGGAAAUGUUGGCCACAUGGGGAACAAUUGUCCUGAAUCCCAUGAAGAUGCUGCAUUCAUCAACAACGGGUUUCGCCAACAACAACAGCAAGAUCUUGUUCUUGGUCAGGCCAAGAUAAAUGAAAACCUUGUUAAAAAGCUUUCCUUUAAUGAUAAAAUGUUUGAAAACAUAAACACCAAGCUUGAUGGCCUGACCACCUCGUUUAAAGAACAAGUGUCUUUCAAUAAAAGAGUAAUGUCUCAGAUAGAUCAACUUGGUUCUGCUGCUAAAUCUGCUGCUGGUGUUGAAAAUGUUAGUUCGGUGACCACGAGAGGGGGUAAGACCACUCGUGAUCCACCAAACCCUAACCAUGGUACAGCUAAGACUCCGUGUCAACAAGAACAAACAUCUGCUGAGCCGGUUGAUCCUCAAGACGAAUCAUCAGAUGAGGAACCGACUCUAGAAGUUUAUGGGGACACCACGAUGCUUCCUUUCCCCACCAGGUGGAGGAAGAAGAAGAAGGACGGAGAAGAGCAAUUUCUCCGCUUUGUGGAAAUGGUCGAGAAGACAAACAUCAGCGUCCCGCUGAUGGAUGUCUUGCACAUACCAUCCUAUGCUAAGUUUAUCAAGGAUAUCAUCAACAACAAGCGACCAUUACCCUCCGCAGAAGUCGUCAAGCUGACAGUAGAGUGUAGCGCAGCUAUACUCAACCAUCUACCUGAGAAUAAGCAAGAUCCUGGGUGCCCCACAAUUACAUGCUCAAUAGGCACCCAACAUUUUGAUCAUGCCUUAUGUGAUCUUGGGGCGAGUGUGAGCGUCAUGCCGAAAUCAGUCUUUGAUAGGCUAAACUUCACCAACUUGGAACCAACCAACAUGACACUCUAG